CCUCCCGGUUAAAUCUCAACAAACACGAAAAAGUGUUGCAAAUGAACAAUACAUUGAUGAGAAUUCCUCAUUGUUGUGUCCAGUCCCAGGCCUAUGAUGUGACUGCAUGCCCUCUGGCUCAGUAGUUAAAAAAUGACACAUACACAGAAAAGUGUUGCGGCCUCCAAAAAGUUCAAAAUGAGAAAACGAAAGACAGAAAGCAAUACCUGGGAAAGUUACAAUAAAAGCAAGUGUACAAUUAGAAAGGACUUUGAUUCCAAAACCCAAACUAGUGUUAACACUAUACCGGCUAGGGUAAGUCCAGAGACAUUAAAUUCAGACCAAACAACAGAUGACUUGAACUCUGUUUGUGUCAAAAUUGAGACUGAUGAAUGGUAUAAUAUGGCUGCUGAUUUUUAUUCCGUUUGUGCCAAAUCAAAACAGGUUCUAUGGGAAGAGAGACAUCCAGAUUGCAACAAACAAGAUGGCUUCACCUCUGAAUGUGUGAAAUCAGAACAGACGGAAUGUGAAGUUAUGCGUCAAGAUGUUACAGAUCAGGGUUAUAUAACAACAAAUGACUUCAAUAAUGAAUGUGGUAUAGCUAAACAGUAUAUAAAGACAGAAACAGACAAUAAAAAUACAACAGCAAAUACAAGUACAUAUUCAAAAACACAAGAGAAUCAAGCUAAACUGGUCGACCAAAAUUCUGUAAAUCUGACAAGGGAAGAGAUUGAACUUUCAAAUGUUGACAAACAUUGUGCAAAAUCAGCUGUGGGUGGAGGGACAAAACAAAUGGACCAAUUCUCCAACUUAAAUGUUCCAAGACAUUCGAACUCGGUAAAAGAGAAUGCUGUGACAUGGACUGCUCCCCUUUUUCUGGAACCAGCGUUGAUUAAAAGGAAGAAAAAGAUUGACCAUGUGAAGAAAGUUAAAAGAAUGAAGAAAACAAGGUCCCCAGAAAAAGACAAGACAUACAGUCUUCAAGAGAGGAACGUAGCCAGCUUUAAGAACCUUCAACCUUUUGAUGAUGACCAUUUUCCCUACUGUGGAGAAUGCAGUAAGGAGUUUGAAGGGGACUGCCCUGUCCAUGGACCCUAUAUCUACAUACAGGACAAAGAGGUGCCAGAAGAAGACCCUCUUAAAGCUGAGCAUACCUUGCCAGAUUGCCUUGAAAUCAAAAGAUCCAAAAUAGCUGGAGCUGGUCUUGGAGUGUUUUCCAAGGAGGAACUGGAAUCUAGGAUCAUGUUUGGACCGUAUGGGGGAGAUAUCAUCACUGACAAAAAUAAGUCAGGGUAUUGCAGGCAAGGGAAGAUCUAUAAGGAUGGCAAAGGGAGUCACUUUGUGGAUGCCCAGAACAAAGCCACCUCUAACUGGAUGAGAUAUGUGAACUGUGCUAUGACGGAGGCAGAUCGGAACCUUGUAGGAUAUCAGUACAAAGGAGGCAUCUAUUACUGCACAUUGAAGCCAGUUUCACCAGGUGAGGAACUGCUGGUCUGGUACAGAGAUGAAUUAGCAAGAGAACUUGGCCUCAUCAGACCCAAAAACCAGUCGAGCAGUUAUUCAAGUAAUAACAGUGGUCACUUUAAGGAACACACGAGUAUACAUGCACGAGAGAGACCGUACAAAUGUGAGGAGUGUGGUAAAGCAUUUAAACUGAGUGGUGACUUGAAGACACACAUUAGGAUGAUACAUUCAGGGGAGAGACUGUACAAGUGUAAGGAGUGUGACUAUGCUUGUAACCAGAGUGGUCACUUGAACAGACACAUCCAGAUACAUAAAGGAGAGAGAAAGUACACGUGUGAGGUGUGUGGUUAUGCAUGUAACAGGAGUGACUCCUUGAAGAGACACAUGAUGAUACAUACAGGAGAGAGACUGUACAAGUGUGAGGAAUGUGGCUAUGCUUUUAACCAGAGUGCGCUCUUGAAGAGACACAUCCAGAUACAUACAGGAGAGAGAGAGUACAAGUGUAAGGUGUGUGGUUAUUCAUAUAACAGGCAACAAACCCUGAAGAGACACAUGAUGAUUCAUACAGGAGAGAGACCAUACAAGUGUGAGGUUUGUGGUUAUGAAUGUAACAGGAGUGAAACCUUGAAGACACACAUGAGGAUACACACAGGAGAGAGACCGUUCAAGUGUGAGGAGUGUGGUAAAGCAUUUAAACACAGUGGUGACUUGAACAAACACAUGAGGAUACAUACAGGAGAGAGACCAUACAAGUGUGAGGUGUGUAGUAAAGCAUUUAAACUCAGUGGUAACUUGAACCAACACAUGAUGAUUCAUACAGGAGAAAGACCAUACAAGUGUGAUGUUUGUGGUUAUGAAUGUAACAGGAGUGAUACCUUGAAGACACAUGUGAGGAUACACACGAUAGAGACCGUACAAGUGUGAGGAGUGUGGCUAUGCAUGUAACCAGUUUAGUACCUUGAAGACACAUAUGAGGAUACAUUGAGGAUAUAGACUUUACAAUUGUGAGGAGUGUGGCUAUGGUUGUAACCAGAGUUGUGACUUGAAGAAACACAUGAGGAUACAUACAGAAGAGAGACUGUACAAAUGUGAGGUGUGUGGUAAAGCAUUUAAACAGACUGGUACCUUGACAACACAUGAAGUUACAUGUACAUACAAGGGAGAGAUUGUUCCAGUAGGAUGUGUGUGGCUUUUCAUUUAAACACAGAAGUCACUUGAAAAAACACUUGAUGGCACAUUAAAAAGAGAAACACGUGUGAGUUGUGGUUAUGCAUGUAAGAAGAGUGGUCACUUGAAGACACACAUGAAGAUACAUUCACGAGAAAGGCUGUACAAGUGUGAGGAGUGAGGUUCUGCAUCUAACACGAGUGGUAACAUGUAGAAGCACAUGAGGAUACAUAAUUGAAGAAAUAUCUAAAACAGGAAAAUAUCACUAAUCUCUGAUAAAAGAAGUGUUAAGGCUUCUUGGGAUUAAUAUAAACUUGUAUAAUCAGAUAACUGAACAAUCUUUCCUUAAACGAUAAGACAUGAAUGUUUAACAUUUAAAAGUAAAAUAAUAUUGUGUUCCUCUACCAAGUUUGUUAAAAUCAUGCCCCUAUGGUAAAAACUUGCCUUGUCCUGAAUAUUUUUUAUGCCCCCUGAACAAAGGUUCUGGGGGCAUAUUAAAAUCGCACCGUCCGUCAGUCAGUCAGUCCGUCCGUCCGUCCGGAUUAGUUUCCGCUCAAUAAGUCAAGCAAUUGUCAUCAGAUCUUCACCAAACUCCAUGACAAUGUGUAAGGAAAUAACAUCUAGGUCAAGUUUGAUAAUCGGCCAAAUUGACUCAGACACUCUUGAGUUACGGCCCUUGAAUUAUCGUAAAAAAAAUUAUUUUUAGCUCACCUGAUUGCUCAGGUGAGCUUUUGUGACCGGUCUUUGUCCGUCGUAUGUCCGUCCGUCCGAUAAUAUUUGCUCAUAAACACUAUAUAGGCCACAUUUCUUGUCCCAUCUUCAUGAAACUUGGUCAGAAGCUUUGUCCCAAUGAAAACUCGGCCGAGUUCGAAACUGGGUUGUGCCGGGUCAAAAAUUAGGUCACUAGGUCAAAAAAAAGAAAAACCUUGUAAACACUGUAGAAGUCACAUUUCAUGCCCAAUCUUCAUGUAACUUUGUCAAAAUGUUUGUCUUAAUGAUAUCUUGGUUGAGUUAAAAAGUGUUUCCGAUCCUUUAAAAAACAUGGCUGCUAGUGGGCGGGGCAGUUUUCCUUAUUUGGCUAUAGAGAAACCUUGUAAACACUCUAGAAGUCACAAUUUUUGCCCAAUCAUCAUGAAAGUUGGUCAAAACAUUGGUUCAAUUUAUGUCUCGGACGAGUUCGAAAAUGGUCGAGAUCGGUGAAAAAACAUGGCCGCCAGUGGGCGGGGCAUUUUUCUCUUUACGUAUAUAGUGGCAGUUUUCCCUAUUUGGCUAUAGAGAAACCUUGUAAACACUCUAGAAGUCACAAUUUUUGUCCAAUCAUCAUGAAAAAUGGUCAAAUAUUGGUAUUAUUCAUAUCUCGGAUGAGUUUGAAAAUGGUCAGGAUCGGUGAAAAAACAUUGCCGCCAGUGGGCGGGGCAUUUUUCUCUCUAUGUAUAUAGUGAAAACAUGUGAACACAGAAAAAGUCACAUUUUUGGCCCAAUUUUCAUGAAAUUUGCUCAGAACAUUUGUUUCCUUGAUACGAGAGUUGAGUUCAAAAAUGGUUCCAGUCAGUUGAAUAACAUGGCUGCUGGGAGGGGGGCAGUUUUCUGAUUAUGACCCCCCCCCCCCCCCCCUUUGGAAGAAGAGGGGGUAUAUUGUUUUGCUCAUGUCGGUCCGUCCGUCCACCAGAUGGUUUCCGGAUGAUAACUCAAGAGCGCUUAUGCUAAGGAUCAUGAAACUUCAUAGGUACAUUGAUCAUGACUCGCAGAUGACCCCUAUUGAUUUUCAGGUCACUAGGACAAAGGUCAAGGUCACGAUGACCCGAAAUAGUAAAAUGGUUUCCGGAUGAUAACUCAAGAAUUCUUAUGCCUAGGAUCAUGAAACUUCAUAGAUACAUUGAUCAUAACUCGCAGAUGACCCCUAUUGAUUUUCAGGUUACUAGGUCAAAGGUCAAGGUCACGGUGACCCAAAGCAGUAAAAUGGUUUCCGAAUGAAAACUCAAGAACGCUUAUGCCUAGGAUCAUGAAACUUCAUAGAUACAUUGAUCAUGACUCGCAGAUAACCCCUAUUGAUUUUCAGGUCAAACGCCAAGGUCACGAUGACCCGAAAUGGUAAAAUGGUUUCCGGAUGAUAACUCAAGAACGCUUAGGCCUUGGAUCAUGAAAUUCAAAGGUACAUUGAUCAUGACUCUCAGAUGACCCCUAUUGAUUUUCAGGUCACUAGGUCAAAGCACAAGGUCACGGUGACCCAAAAUAGUAAAAUGGUUUCCAGAUGAUAACUCAAGAACGCUUAUGCCUAGGAUCAUGAAACUUCAUAGGUACAUUGAUCAUGACUCGAAGAUGACCCCUAUUGAUUUUCAGGUCACUAGGUCAAAGGUCAAGGUCACGCUGACCUGAAAUAGUAAAAUGGUUUCUGGAUGAUAACUCAAGAACGCUUAUGCCUAGGAUCAUGAAACUUCAAAGGUACAAUGAUCAUGACGCGCAGAUGACCCCUAUUGAUUUUCAGGUCACUAGGUCAAAGGUCAAGGUCACGGUGACCUGAAAUAGUAAAAUGGUUUCUGGAUGAUUACUCAAGAACGCUUAUGCCUAGGUUCAUGAAACUUCAUAGGUAUAUAUCAUGACUCGCAGAUGACCCCUAUUGAUUAUCAGGUAACAAGGUCAAAGGUCAAGGUCACAGUGCCAAAUAACGUAUUCACACAAUGGCUGUCAAGGUCACGGUGACUCAACUUAGAAAAAUGGUUUCCGGAUGAUAACUCAAGAAUGCUUACGCUUAGGAUCAUGAAACUUCAUAAUUACAUUGAUCAUGACUCGCAGAUGAAAUAAUUAUGAAACUUGACCAGGAUGUUUGUCUGGACAAUAUCUAGGUCAAGUUUGACAUUUGGUAAAGAUUGAAUGAACCGACUCCUCUCAGGUGAGCGAACUAGGGCCAUCUUGGCCCCAUUGUUUUCCUUAUGUUAUGAAGUUGUGCAUGUUGGAUUGUUAUUGUCCUAUCUCAAAACUUUACUUUUUUGUCCCCGGGUAGGAUGGUAUAAAGCAGUCGCACUGUCCGUCCGUCUUUCUGUCCGUCUGUCGCACUUUUGCGUUUUGGUUUCGAAAAAUGCUUGUAACUUCUAUGUUGAUUCAGACCUUCAUAUUUGGUAUGCAUGUGUAUAUUGACAAGGCCUUUUCAUAUGCACACAAAUUUUGACCCCUUUGACCUUGAACUUGAACUUAGGGUCAGCAUUUAGGUUUCGAAAUCUGCGUUUAGUUUUCGAAAAAGCGUUUUUUGGGGGCAUAUGUCUUCCGAUGGAGACAGCUCUUGUUGUUUCCAUAUAACUUAUAUAUUGAACACUUGAAAGAUCUUUCUCUCUGAAACUAUAAGGCCCAGAGUUUUGGUAUUUGGCAUCUUACAUAAAUUGAGCUUCUGUACUUAGUUUUGUUCACAACCGGCACUUCCUGGAUGUAACCUGUGUUCCAUAUAUGUUGUAAAACUGUGGUCGGUCAAGUAUUUUUAUAUGGUUACAGUGAAACAUAGUGAGCAAUGUAGAAUAGUAUAAAUAUAACGGUUACUCGAGUUAUUAUUAGUUAUGUGCAUUAAUUGUUUAUAUUAAUGACCUGGCUAAAAUCACAUACGAAGGGCGAAUUUUUGUAUGUAUAUGUACAGCAAAGACAUUAUUGGCAUGUGAAUUUACCCAAAAUUAAUAAUGAUAAUGAAGAGUAUUGGCAGCGGGUGCUGGAGGUUUCGGUAAAUGACAAGUUCGGUAAAUUGGAUUUAUAUAGUGAAUGCCGUGGAGGUUUCGGUAAAUUGGUUUUUAUAGAGGUGGUAUACCUACAAUUAGGUGUUAAUGACACCUAUUAUUGGCUUACAAUAACAUCAGGGGCUUAUAUUUGCAAACUGUGGAUAAAUUUUUAGUCGAGUAAUUAAUGCUAUGCCUACGGUAAAGAAUUAAGGGGCAUUUAAUUUAAUCUGAACUUUUUAAAACGAAUUCUUUUAGGAAAUUGUUGGUACCAAACCAAAAAAUAUAGAUGGAAUUUAAAAUGAAACUCUAUAGAAAGUAAAUUUACGAUAUAAACAACUCAAUACUAUUUUUUUUAAAUAAUUGGUGCUUUUAUUUAAUUAACAGAAUAGUAAUAAUAAAUGAUGAUUUACGAUGGAAUCAAUGUAAGAUCUUCAAUUAAGUAUAACGCUAUUUAAAAAAGGUUCUUGUAAAUUAUUGUAGACAUGAUUUAUUAAAAAUGAUUUAAGUUUAAAUAUAAAGCGCAAUAGUAUUUUAGACCACCUAAAAGCACUUAAUUUCUCAAUAUAUAUACAUGAGGUAGUUUGCCAACAUAAUGAAUAUGUUGCCCAGCUCUUGCCACGUGGAGGCGACCUCUUGUAAGAGCCAAAUGUUGAAUUUUAUACUACAUAAUACAAUACACCAUCAGCGGCCGAGCGCAGAAUACGCUACAUAAAUUGUGGGUUGCUUCAAAUUAAAGGUCGAAUUCCGAGUGCGCUUUAUAUAUAACACUGUUUUAUUAUUUCUUUCUGGUUGAGAAAAACACAAGAAUUUUUUUAUAUAACAUAUAAUACGUGUACGUAAUUUAUAACAAGAAAUAUAAUGAUACGCGUUAUGUUUUAUAAUUUUGUUAAGUGCGCGUGCCAUUGAACGGUGAGUUAAGCGAAGAGAUGCGAACUAAAUUACACAUAAUUAAAAACUGAUAAAAAUGACAUCUGACAUAACGCUAGCAGACCCGAAUGAGUACACUGUGUAUUAGCAACCUUCUGUGGUGAUCCCUAUCUUAUCAGCUUAAUACACAGGCAACUGGCUACUGUAUUGGAACAAUGGGAUUUAUGGCCAAAAUAACUGAUUUCAUUUUUUGCCUGAACAAAUCCGUUGAAUAAAAAAGUACUAACUGAUUAACUUUGUAAUCCGUUUUAUUUACCACAUAAUAUAAAUAAGACUACCUUUUUUAUGUGCUGACCUGCUUGUAGUAAAAAGAAUCGAAAAUUUUAUUCAUAUAUAUAUAGGAUAAAAUUAUUAUUAUUUUUAUCUGAUUCACUUUGAAUAAGAUUUUCCAACUAAUUGUAUAAAAACCUAUAUUAAAAACAAAAAAUCAUGACCUUAAGAUAAACUUUUAAUAUAUAAAUUACCUCCCUUGAUUAGAAUAUCAAUAGGUUGCAAGUCUGGAUAUUUAAUAUUGACACUUUGCAAACAUCUCUAAAUUGAUAACAUCAACUCAUUACAUUUUAAUCAGAUAAUUUAAUUAGUGCCAAACAACUCAAUUUAUGUACACGCUUAUCAACUAAAGGUGCGAUAAUCCCUAUUUAUACCAAUUUACCGAAACCUCCACGGCAUUUACUAUAUAAAUCCAAUUUACCGAACUUGUCAUUUACCGAAACCUCCAUAACUCUUGGCAGCUAACUACCCACUUUGCUCGUGUACACACCCCUGUAACAUAAUUCAUGUGCUUGGAAUUAUGACACUUUCUGUUACUAAAAGACGUCACUAGACUAUUCACUACAUGUUUUAAAACCCUAACACGACUCCUUGUGUAAUUAAAUGUCUUGCGUUUGCGUUUUUCAAUGUAAAGGCUAUAUUUUAUUAUGCUCCCCCAAAAUUUGUUGGGUGAGCAUAUAGUCGCCGCUUCGUCUGUCCGUGCACAAUUUUUGCCCGGUCUAUUUCUCAGCAAUCAAUGACCGGAAUUCAAUUUAACUUUAUGGGAAGCUUCACUACCAAGUGGAGAUGUGCAUAUUAUCAGCCAGUUCUGGUCGGAUGAUUUUGCACAGAGUUAUGGCCCUUUGAAAUUUUCUAUAAACUGUACAUAUAGUGCAAAAGUGCCGGACGGACGGAGGGAAAGACGGAAGGACGGACAACGCCAAAACAAUAUCCCUCCGCCUAUGGCGGGGGAUAGUAACCUGUACAUGACCCUAGACAAGGGUUAGAGAUCAAAAGAAAGGACAAACUACUUUUGUGAGUAACACUUACUAUUCAUAUUAACCCGGGGCAUAACAGUUUUAUAUAAAGCCUGCAGAUUGGCAGGCUAGCAUCAUUUCUUUUGAAUACGCCGGGAUCGGUGGCUCUUCGUGUCGUUUAUGUUUACGAAACUGUUUUUCUUUAUUAUUUAUCAUUAGGCUGCACAGGGCAUGCAUUUUUCUGUUUAUGGACAGUGUUCUGGCUACAGUGGCCAGAGAGCUAUAUUGUCUUCCGUGUCCUAGUUGCGAGGAACGACUUCUGGAGAGAGUCAUUCGAAAUGAGCUGGCAAUGGAAAAUUUACAAAAAGAAAUGGGAUCAAAUUAAACGCCAUCAAAACCGCGAUGGCAAACAUAUACAAUGCCGUUUCAGAGAUGACACAAAAAGCGACAAUGACUGGGUUGCAGUUGAAGAAGGUAUGUUUUAAUAAAAUAGCAUAAUAUAAUAAUGCAACUUACAAACAUCUAACGAGACUUAUGUUGAUUUUGUUGAUUUUGAUUGAUAGUCUCUGAAAUAAUUUGCUUUUUUGAUGUUCGAAAGGUGUUACUCAAAAUUUACUCAAAAUUUCUGAUUCGACGUACGAUGUUAAAUUAGACCUGCAUUUCACUACACAAUUGCAUUUAACAUGACGUAAAAUGACAAUUACAUGUUUACCUUAUAUUUGUAUUUUUCUAAUCUUUCGCAAAAAACAAACGUUCAAUAUGCAGGCAGUGCAAUAGCGAAAGUAAAACGCUACCUACAUGUUUUCAAAUCUUAAUUCAAAUAGUAUUUAUUGGAUGAUUAGAAUGCAAAAUGAGUGCAUGGCUCAUACACACUGUAAAUUAACAAAUGCAGGUUACUAGAACAUAAAUUAGUACCAAUUAAAUAUAAACUUUAAUUAAGAACAGCCCAUUAUGUCACUUGAAAGUUACACUUAUUUGACUAUGCCUUGUAGAAAUCAAAAUCAUGAUAAUGAUUGUUAUGAAAAGUAUAUGUGUUAUUUGUAUUUUCUGGUCAUAUAUGUUUAUUUGAUGUUCGAACAUGAUUUUCUUCUGUGAAUAUAUAAUGUUGAUUAUUCGAAUUAUAAUCGUG